GGCUUGGGAGGGCCGGAUUUCAGGAGACGUCUGCGCCGAGCGGCCAGGGGAGCGGGGCUGAGGAGCAUCUGGGCGGGGGCUUCUGGAACCGGGCGGCGGCGGGGCCGCGUUGAGGGGACCGCGCGUCCCGGGGCUGGCACGAGCCAGCAGCGGAGGUGCCCGCGGCGGGGCCUGGGCGGGGGUUCCGGGGCCCGCCCGGCGGGGAUGCGCGGUUUCUGCGGGCCCGGGUUCGGAGCUCCGCGGCGCGCCCCUCUUCCGGGCCCGGAGCACCGCCCGCCCUACCCCUGGCCGGGUCGGGUUGCGGGGGAUUCGCUGGCGGGGCAGCAGCGAAGCGCGGCCCGGACGGAGAUAUUUGGGGUGUGCUCGAAAAUGAUUGUUUUUGGGGGAUGGCGCUUAUUAGCCACCAAUUGCCCUAGUUUAAAGCGUGAGGCAGGACUCAAAACCCUGCCUUUGGGAUUUUCUGCCCUGAAGAGACUCUCAGAUCGCAGCUGAGUUCCUUAUGCCUAGAUUUGUGUGUGUGCUGGCGUUUUUAAUGCUUGAUGUCAGAGGUGAUAAAUGGCCAUGGUAAUGGGGAGCCCUGGCAGCACCUGCUGGGCUGACAGUGGUGGAGGCUGUGUCUGGGGGUGGGACGGGGAAAUGAAACGUGACAGAGAUCCUGUUUGGAUAUUCUGCUGAAGUUACCAUGUUUCUGUUCAAGUAUACCAGUUCUAGAACAAGUUGAUGGAUCCAAUUUUAGGACUUUGUGAUAGAAGCGGUUUGGGUGGCAAAGUGACCUGGGAUGACCCGGCUCGGCUAAGAAUAUUUGGGGUAGCCUAAGUAUCUCUUCCAUAUCCCCCUGGCAUGUUCUUUUUUUCGCUAUCACAAAUGCUCUAUUACUUGAAUCAUCCUGGGAUAGGAGAGAAGCUUGGGGACAGCAUGUAGCACAGUCCUGAGCCCAAGAUUGAGAUGUUUUCAAAUGAACAAAUAUGUAGCUAGGAAAAUGAAAAUGUUUUUGUCAGCAGGGUUGGUAGGUUGAGAGAAUUUUCUCUUUGGCCGAAAACCAUCAGUCCAUACUGAUACUUGAUUUUGUGCUAUGCCUUAGAUAUGAACGAUGGAGUGGUCAGGAUAGCCAUGGAUGCCAUUCCAAAGUUUUGUGAUUUGAAUUUUCAUAAAUCAUAUUUUAACCAAAGCAUUACUACUUAAAGGAAUCUUAGGGUGAACCCUAUGAAUCCUUCAGUGCGUUUGGAUUUUGAUAUUUGGGGUCCAUUUAAAAUGGAGUACAUGUACAUAUUUGGAUUCAGCUUUACCUUGGAGAUAAUCCUGAGUCAUGCUUUAAAGAAGUUCCUUCUGAGAUCAGGAGCUCAGAUGUUUGGUGAUCUCUGGGAAAACUGAGAAAACUAGACACUCCCCUUUACCUGUAUGUAGUUCUCCCUUCUGGAGCUCUGGGAAAAGGAGGACCUGGGGAGAUUUGAAGCAAUUUAAGAGGCUGCCUCCUCCCUAUUUGCCAUCUCCAGGCCAAUGCUCUAAAUUACUUGUGUUCACAUUCAAGUUUCUCAUGUUAACCUAGAAAUUUUGUUUAUGCUGCUGCCACUAGUGUUUUCACAUUUGUCUAAUACUUGCCAGUUUACAGAUGGUUUUAUAUUCACGAUCUCCCUUAUUUUCUCCAUUUCCCCAAAGAAGAAGCUGGGCAUAAAGUGAUUUUCUCAGGGUCUCAUAAUCAGUAACGGAGCAGAAUUCAACUACAGGACCUCCCUGGGAACCUGUUCUCUUUCCUUGUCCUGAUGUGUUACUUUUAUAGGCCAAUGUUUGCCUUUGUGUUGUGCCUAAAUGGUGUAAUUACCCCGUUGUGGGAAGGUGGUAUUAUACCGUUUUAUCUUGCGGAAACUGAGGGUUAAGAGGAGUGUUACGAUUUUGUGACUAUUUGUGACAGCUUUUUAAUGUUAGGUCACUUUUAAACCUAUAGCUUCUCUCUUCUAGACCACAUGGUUGAGGGAGGAGAAAGAGAAAAUGAUUACUUUUAGAGAAAAAUGCAUUUCUGCAGUGGUGUGGUUAAGGAUAAUCUAACCAUCAUCACGUUCUCUUUGUAUGCCUGGCUACUUGUGCUGGCCUGUAUGUGAAUGUUAACCCCGAAGACUCCUUUAGAUGUCGCUGAACUAGUUACUAUAAAAAGUAUUUCACUUUCAAACUCCCACAUUUCAAGAAGAGCAAAACUCAGUACAAAGGCAAUUUUGAAGUUUCCCUGAAACCUGGGCUCUUGAAGACGCAUCACUGGAGCAGAUGGAUAAUGGAGACUGGGGCUAUAUGAUGACUGACCCAGUCACGUUAAAUGUAGGUGGACACUUGUAUACAACGUCUCUCACCACAUUGACGCGUUACCCGGAUUCCAUGCUUGGAGCUAUGUUUGGGGGGGACUUCCCCACAGCUCGAGACCCUCAAGGCAAUUACUUUAUUGAUCGAGAUGGACCUCUUUUCCGAUACGUCCUCAACUUCUUAAGAACUUCAGAAUUGACCUUACCUUUGGAUUUUAAGGAGUUUGAUCUGCUUCGGAAAGAAGCAGAUUUUUACCAGAUUGAGCCCUUGAUUCAGUGUCUCAAUGAUCCUAAGCCUUUGUAUCCCAUGGAUACUUUUGAAGAAGUUGUGGAGCUGUCUAGUACUCGGAAGCUUUCUAAGUACUCCAACCCAGUGGCUGUCAUCAUAACCCAACUAACCAUCACCACCAAGGUCCAUUCCUUACUAGAAGGCAUCUCAAAUUAUUUUACCAAGUGGAAUAAGCACAUGAUGGACACCAGAGACUGCCAGGUUUCCUUUACUUUUGGACCCUGUGAUUAUCACCAGGAAGUUUCUCUUAGGGUCCACCUGAUGGAAUACAUUACAAAACAAGGUUUCACGAUCCGCAACACCCGGGUGCAUCACAUGAGUGAGCGGGCCAAUGAAAACACAGUGGAGCACAACUGGACUUUCUGUAGGCUAGCCCGGAAGACCGACGACUGAUCUCCGACCCUGCCACAGGUUCCUGGAAACAGACUCUCCAGGAAAUGGAAGAUACUGAUUUUUUUUUUUAAAUCAUAGUGUGAGAUUUUUCUUUCUUUUAAAUAUUUGUAUUUAUUUGAAGGCAGUGAGGACCAGAAGGAAGUUUUGUGCUUUGGCAGACUCGUCCAUGUUUUGUUCCCUUCCCCCUGAGUAUGCAUGUGCCUGUUCAGAGUCUCCAGAUACCUUUUUUAUAAAAAGAAGUCUGAAAAUCAUUAUGGUAUAUAAUCUACCCUUAACAGAGCUUUUCUUAUUACAGUGCUAAAAUGAUUUCUGAUAAAAUGGUCCCUAACUCAACUAGAAGGCUAAAAACACAAGAAUGAAAGAAUAAGCAGAGUACUCAUGAUGCCUUUGAGAAAAAUCAAAAUAUCAUGCAGGGUGACCUAGUUUCCAAACCAGUAAAUAGGUAGUAUUGUAAUAUUAAAGGAAAACUGUUCCAAUCAUUUAAAAGUACUUAUUAAGUACUGCUUUUUACAGUUAUGACAACUGUUUCUUUCUAUGCAUAUAAAUCAACGAACCAAAUAUCUGUAGCCAUGGAAAUGUCUGACUAGAAAUAUUUAUAUUGAAUUCUGAAUACAAAAUGUCCCUGUGGUAGAAAUCUUACUCUUUAUGCCUGGUGCAGUAUAAUUCCCAAGUGUACUGUCUACCAGAAAAAAAAAAAAAACUAAUAAAAAAUGAAAUAUGAAAAUUAA